UUUACGCGGGGCUGACAUGCGUAUAAAGCACCUUGCCGUCGAUGAUGGUCGUGGCAGUACAGUCUAAGGUCUCUACUGUAGAUGUGCUCAUCGUCGGUGCAGGUCCAGCCGGACUUAUGGCAGCAAAUGCUCUCUCCAGAGCCGGAGUGUCCGUCCGAGUCGUCGACAAGAGGGCUAGUAAGGUCGAAGCGGGCCAAGCCGAUGGAAUUCAACCAAGGACUAUCGAGGUCUUUCAGAGCUAUGGGCUCGCUAACCGCCUGUUGGAGGAAGGGUGCCAUAUUUACUUCUCCGCAUUCUAUGACCCUACUCCGGAAGGCGGAAUUGCGAGAUCAGCCAGGGCUUGUAGAGAUUUGAAAAAUAAAGGGGAGACCGACCUCUCGGGCUCGCGUUAUUCACACUCGGUUACACUCCAUCAAGGUGGGAUUGAAGCUAUCUUCCUUGAUUCUAUGCGAGAGCAAGGGGUACACGUUGAGCGUCCCGUCCAGCCUGCAGUCAUGACGCUGAGUGAAGACGACGCUGAGCUCGAAAGUCCGGAAAGCCACCCUGUGAAGGUUGUCCUGCAUAAAUUAGACACCCCAUCAGGCGAAUCAGAAACCGAAGUCGUCCAUGCAAAGUACAUGCUGGGCUCCGACGGUGCACAUUCUUGGGUGAGGAGGCAACUCGGUUUUACGAUGGAUGGCGAACAAACGAAUUAUGUUUGGGGCGUAGUCGACAGCUUCCCUUCGACGGACUUCCCAGAUAUCCGAAACAGGUGUCUCAUUCAUUCCCUUGGUGGUUCGAUGAUGGUCAUUCCGCGUGAAGGCGAUCUCGUCCGGCUUUACACGCAACUUUCGGAUGAGGACGCUCAAGAAGUGUUGAACGUCAACGGCCGCGUUGAUAUGACUAAAUGGGGACCCGAGAAGUUGCUUGAGAUAUGCAAGAAACAGCUGUAUCCGUACGAGAUCACCUUUCCAGAAGAUAAACUAAGUUGGUGGACGUUAUAUAUCAUCGGACAACGUGUGGCUUCCUCCUACACUAAGAAUGAACGUAUCUUCAUUGCUGGAGACGCAUGCCACACUCACUCUCCGAAAGCCGGUCAAGGCAUGAACGCCAGCAUGAACGACACACAUAAUCUUGCAUGGAAGCUUGCGUAUGUCCUGCGAGGAUGGGCGGAUCGGGGUCUGCUCCAAACUUAUGAGUUUGAGCGACGGAAAUAUGCACAGGAUCUCAUUGACUUCGACAGAAAGUGGUCGAAACUCUUCUCGGGGAAACCACGAACCGAACAAAAUAAAGACGGUGUUUCACAUGAAGAGAUGCUGAAGGCAUAUGAAACAUUCAAUGGUUUUACUUCCGGUACAGGUAUUCAAUAUGCGCCAUCUCCGAUCACGAACGGUAAAUUCCAAGACCUCGCUCGCAACCUGAGAAUUGGGAUGCGUAUGCCACCGCAGAUAAUUGUCCGGGUUGCGGACGCAAGGACAUAUGAGCUCCAAGAUCUUCUACCUUCGGACACGAGAUUCAAGGUCCUCGUAUUUGCGGGCGACCUCGGCUACGAAAGUCAGAGGAUCAAUGUUGACAAAUUUGUGGAGGAGUCGACGGCACCGUCCGGUUUCCUGUCGCGUUUUGGCCGCAGGCGCGGGCCCGAUUCCGAAUGGAAUGAGGUAUUCGAGGUCCUAACGAUACUAAUCGGGGUAAAGGAGUCCGUCGACUACACCUGUGUUCCGUCUGCACUGCGGCCGCAUUGGUCUAAGGUUUUCGUAGACGACAAGGUUAUUGGUAGCGCAGAGGGAGGUAAAGCGUACAGAUCAUUUGGAAUCUUGCCCGAGGGUGCUGUCGUUAUUGUCCGACCCGAUGGAUACGUUGGAAUGAUAGGACCCUUGGAAGAUGCUGAUCAAUUGAGCCAAUACUUCGCAGGAUUUAUGAAACCCGGUUUGUCCACGUAAAUAUCCAUAGAGCUUCGUGAUCCUGCCCCUCCUGUGUUUGCGCUGCUGCUGUCUCUGGUCCGUUCUGUGAUACUCGCAAUUUUAUUCUCUGGUGAAUUACGAACUAAAAUGUAUAAUCUAUUUUUGUCAGUGUGCCCUUCAGACCCAUUUUUCCAGUAAAUUUUAGACUGUUGUUUCCCGAAGCG